AGAUGGGACACCCAAGUAAGCUCCAGAAGAGGCAGCACUCUUCAAGACCACGAUAGAGGAAGCAGACACUUGAAACUGCCGAGAGAGGAACAUUUUGACAUUUUGUUAAAUAACGCUCUCCAGUAAUUUGAACGCAUCCGGAUUCAUCAGGAUGAUGAGGAUGAUGAUGAUGGUCAAGAGAGAAUGACAGCUCCUGUGUUCACAUCGGUAACUCCAUCUUGGCUCAACGUCACCCAAGAACCUGACAUGAAUCAGACUUGUGAGGAAAGUGAAGAUUUCAAAUAUUUGGCGUACAAAGUCACGUACAGUGUCGUAUUCCCUAUUGGAUUUAUCAGCAACUCUGUGGCUUUGUUUGUGUUCCUGCGUCUCACUCCAAAGAAGACGGCCAACACUGUAUUUAUGACUAACUUGGCUAUUUCAGAUGUUGGCUUCUCCUUGACGUUGCCCUUCCGUCUGGUCUACUAUUUUAGGGGCGGUCAGUGGGAUUUUCCAGACUGGUUUUGCCGCUGGUGUGUAUUUUCCUUUUAUGUCAACCUGUACACAAGUGUAUUGUUUCUUACAGGUCUUAGCGUACUACGAUACAUCGCCGUAGUUCACCCCAUUCGCAACAAGUCCCUGGUUACGGUGUGGAGAGCCAGAAUAUCAUGCUUUGCGAUCUGGAUUUUUGUGGCUUGCUCGUCAAUGCCAUUCCUCAUGACAGGUACUACAGAGCGGCAUAACAAGAUGCGUUGCUUUGAACCGGGGAACAACAAGUCAUGGAAUCGCAUCUAUAGCUUGAACUACGUGGGGGUUUCGUUUGGAUUCGUCAUUCCGUUCAUUAUAAUUCUCGUCUGCUACGGAUGCAUCAUCUGCAAACUCAUCAAAGGACGAAAAAUUGGUAAUCGAAGAGGAAACACCCGCCGACGCUCUGUGUAUUUGAUCGCCGUUGUCCUGAGCACAUUCCUGCUGUGUUUCCUGCCAUAUCACGUCGCUCGCACAGUCCAUCUUUAUGCCAAGGUUUUAAAUGAAAGCUGCCCAGUCAUUGAGUUGCUCGUGAAAAUUCUGGUCAUCUCGUUGUGCAUGGCGGCGUCCAACAGUUGCUUCAACCCCUUGUUGUACUACUUUGCAGGAGAGACUUUCCGCACGGCCAUCCGUAGAGUGUCAGAUCGAAGGACUUUAGGUUCAUUCAGCCAUAGUGGUGUUUAUCCGUCUUUUCGACGUCGAAGCAGCUCGCAGAAGUCAAGGCGCCAAGGCUUCACUUCUGUACACCAAGACUGUCUGCCCUGCUCCUGCCAGGUCAUAAACGAAAAGAAACCUGAUGGGUGCAAGUCUGACAAGCAAUGCAAACUGUCUGACUCUGAAGAAAUGCAAGUCCAUGAUGAUUUGCAGUAG